AUGGCUCUGUGGAAUGUUUCCCAAAUGAAUUGGGGAUGGCAUGGUGAAGAUUUCAUCGGCGUAUUUCAACGACUUUCGGAGGGCGCGGCGUGCUUUGCAAAUUUCAGCGUUCGCCAUGAAACUAUCUCUUUGGCAAUGGAGAAUCAUCCGACAUACAGCGAAGAGAAACGCGCCAGUCAGCUUUUUUAUCUGAUUGAUCCUGAUGCUCAAAAAGCGAGUCCGAAGAAAUUCAAAAGUAUAGGAGAUCUAAAAAGAUUUUAUGGAGACCAAGUCGAUGCAUCACUCAGAGCGCUGCAGGAUGUUGGGGAGACGGUCGAGAAGCUGUGGCAUUUGUUUUCACCAUCGACCUAUGAAGGUGUUGUUCAUGACGAAGCAGUAAGAAUGGAUCGUGUUGUUGAGUUGAUGACGCAAUACGAGACAGGGAAACUGCAGCGUCGAGUGUGGGCGGAAAAAAUGCAAUCCAAACAGAUGCGACAUUUUUUCGAAGAUGAAUUCUCUGAAGGUUGGUACCAACCGAUUGUUCACGAUUUGGAACACUCUCUUUACAAAGUAAUAGUCGAGCUCGAAAAGGAACUCUGGCCAAAAUUUCAAAGCUAUAUGUCCGAUGGCACUGCCAUGAAGAUUGGUGCCGUCCUAUUUUUUGACACGGUCACGGAAGAAAAUAAAGAGAAGUUUAAGACUCUUGCCUUUGACAUGUACAACUGUACUAUUGGCGAAGUCAAAACAUUAGCCCAUGAAACCUUGAAAGACUUCAAACGACUUUAUCGUGAGCUUCAGUCAUCAUACACGAAUCUAUUCAAAAAGGAGUUGACUGAGUACUUGGAGAACUUCGAAUUCGGGACAAAAUUCGUUAGCGAAAACUUCGCAAUGGUGAACGUUUUUCUACAACAAAUGCAUUUGGAACGCUGGAGCCAAGAUCGAACAUAUGGUUUCUGGAGUCUCGCAUGUGAUGUCGGAGGAGCCUUGGGCCUGUUUCUUGGAGCAAGCAUGUUGACAAUAAUUGAGCUUAUAUACCUCUGCUACCAAUACAAAAUUUGUGGGAAGAUCGCCAAGAAAACCGACAGGCAUAUCAGAAAAUGUUGGGAUCAUGGGUGCCAACACAUGAGUUAUUGCAAAAGUUGUCAAUCGAAAUCACUCAAGAACAGUUAUUUAUCCGAAGACCUUGAAACCUCAUUAAUGCUUAAUCCGGAAGAACGAGAGGAACGACAAAAAUCUUCAUGGUUAGGUCCCCUCUCGGACUAUUCGCCAACAUACGCUAUGCGAAGAAAAGCAGAUGUGGAAGAUCUUCUGGAUUUUAUGGAUGCUAAGGAAAAUUCACGAGCUAAAAAAUAUAAGAACGAUCCUGGAGAGCACAGAAGUUCCGACGAACCUAAUUUAGUGAAGCUUCAAAAUGGGAGACUACAGAGUUCUAGAGAAGGAAACAACAAACGUGAUAGGUUGGCUGACAUAAUUGAAGACGACAGCGGAUUAGAAUCGGAUGAAACUGGACGUUUGAAGAAGGCACCGAUUGGAUCCCAAUCGAUGCUGCCUGAACAGAGCAACAUUUCAUCUCCACGGAAGCCUCCCCCACAACCGCAAGAAGAAGAGGAGAACUCACAGAUGACUGACUCGUUUGCGAACGCAACACCCAAAUUAUUUUGUGAUCCCAAAGACCGUCAAACAACGCUAUGA